AUUGUGACCUUGAAGUCGGCGGCCUUUUAACUGUGCUUCCAGUAUUCGUCAUCGUCAGUCUUUACUUGCCGGUCAGUUUCACGUGAGUGGUGAACAUCGAUUGUUUAUAUAGUAUCGCCAUAUGUCUCUUUUAUUUUCGAAGCAAAAUUAUUCUGCUCCACAUAAUAGUGAUCAGGAGCUUGUUAGACAACUGACUGACUUGAUACGACAAAAUGUUCCAUAUUCCAAAAGACUUGAUGUUUUGGGCAUAUUGUCUUACACAACAGAUAAUGGGUGCGAAAAGUUUAUAAAGAUUGAUUCCUCAUUUUCCGCUGCCAAUGAAGGAGCGUCUGAAAAGCUUAAGAGUCUCUCCGAUUAUUCCACACUAAAUUCUGUUAAGAUUUCUGCUGACCAUAAUCCAACCAAAACUGAAGCUACUGAUGAUUAUUCACAGGAUAUUGAAAGUGAGCAGCAUAGCUCUACUCACUCUCCUGGUGCCUCACCUCCUCUAUUACCACCAUCGAUUAUCCAGGUUGGCAGGGUUGGUCGAACUGAUGAAAAACCUGAUACUAACGAGUCUGAACACGCUUUAGUCACUCAGCCUUCUGAUGUAUUUCAAUCAACAGAAUGUGACGCAGAUGAUAAUGCCUACCGCCGCUGCCGCAGGAAGUGUCGAAAUCCUAAGCGCCAAGUUUUUGACUCUGAUUCACACGCUGGAGAUAGUGAUGCCGAAGAUGUUGCUACUGACGUCGAAGAUUCAGUUCAGACAUCUAAAUCUCAAGACUAUAUAGAUAUCGCUGCAAAAGUCCCUCGAAUAGAUCCACAGGUCAUUGUUACUGUCUCUAACUCUUGUAUGAAGGAAAUUCCAUCAGUUACAAAUUCGAAUUCUGACAUUGAUAUGGUAUCUAUUUCUUUAAGUAGUAGCUUACAGGAUGUUCCUCCUUCACCUUCGGUUUUAUCCACAUCCUCAACAGCUGCCAGUGUUUCUUUUGUCCCCAUGCACUAUUCUACUGUUAAUAGGUAUUUAAGUCCACAAGUUACCACUAGUGACGUCUCGGCGUUGGUGAACAACCAAAUAAGUUCUGGCACAAAGUAUGCCAUUUCAGCGAAGUCUUUGGGCUUGGGGGAUAUUGGGGACCUCUGUGGGAUUCUACCGAUAAAUGCUCUCCUGGGAAAAACUCUCAUAUCCGGAAAUGAUACAAAUGGGUCUUCCAAAUUGCUAUUCGCUAACAAUAUUGGUACAGCAGUUUGUCCAAGUGCUUCAGAAACGGUCAAUCCCUCGGGGUUUACUCAGCAAAUGACACAGUGUAUUAGUUCUUCAUCUUGCACAAAUCAGAAUCUUAUAUUAAACUCAAACUUAGCGGCUGCUGUUGCUGCAGCGAUUUCUAACUCUUCAUUUUCACUGUCCAGUAAUAGUAAUCCAGUUGCUAACAAUGGGUCAAAUCUAACUACAAGUAUACCUACAUUGAAUACUCCUUCAAUAGCCUUAACAGGGCCAUCCGGAGAGAUUCUGGGCACAAUACCAAUAGCGUCUGCUAACUCAUCUCAGAAUAUUAUUUCUUCAGCCUUAGGAAGUGGUGUCGUUCAGCCUUGUUCUAUAAAUAAUUCUCUGACAACAGUUAGUGUUACGCUACCAGCUAAUCCGAUUACUGGUUCUUCGACAGGCUUGGCAAACACACUGAACUGGCUACGUUGUGCCACAGCUACAGUGGACCCUAAUUCACACCACGUCAUCAACAGUUUUAAUCCAGGUGCUAAUGCGUCAUCGUUUUCCGUAACAUCAGGCAAUCCUGUUGCUCUUCUUCAAUCUUUAGUCACGCAACAACAGCAACAGGGAGUACAAGCUCAGAUACAAAAACAGCAACCAUUGCAACCGGCAUUUUCAGUGGGACCUACUUUAGCUUUAAUUGGGACCUUAGGACUUAAUUCUCCAGCAACAUGUUCAGUUACUGGACAACAUCCAUCAGAAACAAUAUUUACAUCUAAUACAGGAUUGUCGACUCCUGUGUCAACAGUUUUACCCAGUACGUUGCAUAAUAAUGCUCAACCAGGUCCCGUUAAUAGCAACGCAGCCUUAGUGGCUGCUGCCUUGCUACGGAGUUUGACCAAUGUGAAACAGUCAAACCAAGAACUAACCGAUUCCAAUACCAUUGAUGCGAAUUCGUACAAUCCCCCAGCAUCUCUAACAUUGAUUACAAACAGCAUUCCUUCCUCCGUCAAUGUUGUUGCCUCAACAAAGGCAAAUAUAAUUGGUUUUGAUGAAUCGGCAGGCCAUGGGAACAACAUAUUGACUAAUAGGAUUGUUCAAUCAACUCUUAACUUAAAUGGUGUUAUUACUUCAAGCCAGGCACCGACUGUUUGUCAUACAGUUUCUACUCCAACACAGAAUAUGCCAACUCGCAGUUCUAUUAUGCUAUCUUAUCCCCGUGGAGGAACAGAAAUGAAUCUCUUACUAACUCCAGCAUCUGCACAUGCAUUUGGUACAUCUCAUUUAACUCCUCUCACAGCUGUCCCUGCAGCAUUGUCCUUCCAGGGUUUACCUACAUCACAGUCUACAAGUCUAACACUAACUUCACCUGUGUUACUCCAAACCCCAGUUACAUCCACAGUAAUCCAGACUACAGGAGCUAUUUCCGAAAUCACCACCACAACUAAUUCGUAUAUGGUCCCAUCUACCACUUCAUUCGACCAAACAUCACAUAAAACUGAUAAAACUUUGACUUAUGUCACGGAAAGCACUUCAAAAGUUACAUCUAACUCCAGUCAAGCUCCAACUUCAAGUUCUGAUCCUACUACAUCUGCUAUAGACAGAAUUCUCCAAACCAUAAAAGGGUGUAUGAGUGCUAAUGCAAAUCGAGAGUCAGACAAUAAACUAAAAAUACGCAAAAACGAAAGCAACGGAACAUACCAAACCAUCACAGGUGAUGAGGUCAAUAGUAAUCGUGCUCAUGAUACAAAAAAGGCAACUGGAACUAGAUUUCCUCCAGCAAAUAAAAAUAGUCUGUCACUUGAGAAUGAUUGUGUUUCUCGCUCAGCGACUACAAAUGAUCGAUUACCUCUCCCACCACUACAAAAAAGUACUGGAGAACCAUCGGAAAGUAGUCCGUCAACUCCCAUCAACAAGUUUUAUCGAUGCAGAUACUGUGGGAAAACUUUUAACCGAAAAUUCUGUCGUGAACGACAUGAAAGACUUCAUACUGGUGUGAAACCUUAUUCCUGUGAACUUUGUGAUGAGAAAUUUAUUCGUCUUGAAGAUAAAAAGCGACAUGUCAGAUCGCUACAACAUUACUUUUCUAAUAGAGGGUCUCUAAGAACCAGUGGACUAGAUGAUCAGAUCGAUGGAGGUACGAGUCUAGGUGCUGAACCAUCCAGUGUGCUGCCACUGCUGGCACAAACACUUCAAGGAGGGACGAAUAUAGAGACUUCUGAAAAGGAAACUGAAGAGUUGUGUAAUGGAACAGAUGAACAAAAUUUAAGUAGUCAUUUAAGUGAAAAUGAAUCAGAAGUUGCUGCAGCAGUUGUAGAGUUCGAUAGUGAAUCACGUGAUCCAGAAGAAAAUGAGCACUGUAAUGAUGAUACAAAAAAUGCUUCGCAUUUAACAUUAGGCGACGGAAACCAUAUCAUCCAGAAGGAAGAUACAGAAGAUAAAUUACGAGAGAUAAAAACCAAAUUGGAGGAACCAUCGGAUGAUCUUUUAACUAAUCUCCGCCUAACAUCUAAAAUACAAUUCAACAAAACUAGAUGUCGAGCAGCUUUAAAAGAAACUCAAACAGCUGUAAAUUCGUCAAAUGAAAACUGCUGUGAACUAAUCAAAGUACCUAACGUUGUUCUUUUUACUACUGAUAAUGCUACUGAUUCAAAGACUACGACCAACUUAUAGCUUCUUAUAACAAUUAUUUUUGACUGACGCUUUACGUAGCUGUGCCAUGCUGGUCACAUUUGUUUAAUUAACCUUCCUAUAAUCUGUACAGCUGUAUAAAAUGUUUAUUAGCAUCUCUUAUGUAAGUAUAUUUACUCGUUUGUUUAAAGGACAUUACUUUCACCGGAUAUUAUUUUAACAUAUGAUAAUUUGUUGUACAAACGCAGAGAAAUUUCUUUAGUUCUGUCUUCGUAAUUUGUCACAAUGUAAUCACUGAAAAACAUUCCAGAAUCCAAAUGUUUCCAAGUGUUCAGCCUACCAUCAACUAACUUUUAUUUCGUGUUGUCUUUUGUUCGAAUUUGUUUUGAAGUCAACAUUUCUAUGUAUGUCAGUCAUAUAUUUAUUAAAAACCACUAUAUAUUAGUGAUGUGUACAUUUAAAUUCUGCUAUUUUACGUGCUUGAAAUAUUUAUUAGUUACAUCAAAAACAGGCUAUAUUUAACUAUCUUAGUUUUUUCUUUAUAGCUAGUAUAGCUUUGUUUACGCUAAUCUUGUAAUAAGAUUGUAUCUCAUAUACUUGAUAGGUUGCUGAGUAGAGUAACUGGUUGUACGAAAGAACCUACUUCUUACGGUCACCUUUGUUAACCGAAUAUUGCUAGCGCUUAUAACAAAAAUGUCUCAACCCAAUACUUUAAACUAUUUGGUCGUCUUCCAUUAGUUGUUGUUAUAUAGUGGUGUAUUCUAAUGAUAAUAUAAGUGGUUUCUGAUAAAGCCCGUAAACUGAAUCAAGACAAACACGGUGGUGGUAGGGAAAAACUAAUUGUUGAGAGUUAUAGACUUUAAGAAGCAAUAGGUACUUUAAUCUAUCUUGUGUUUUAUGUAUGAAAUCUGACAAAGUUAUCAAACCUUCAGUCUCUUCCAUCAAAUAUCACGAUAAAAUUUAUACUUAGUUAUUUAAGUUGUGAAUCUUAAUGUGUACUGCUCUGAAUUUACGCAUCGCAUUUCUACAUCCCCACUAAUUCGUGAAUUUCUAGUCAUAAACUUUCAGUCGUGGUUUGUUCAUACCAAUAAGAAACAUACAGGAAACUAGAUGUUGAGUUGUUGAUAGGCAUUCUGUUAGUGAUUAAAACAAACAAUCUUGUGAUUGGGGGAGAACAGCCCGCAAGUUAGAAGAGCAGAAGACUACAUCUACUCAAAGUUUCGCAAGAUUAUUUAAAGUCACUUACAUUCAAAUCUUAAAUUGAUGCUCGAAUUGAUCGAACAAAUCUUAUAGUUCAUUUAUCUGUUCAUCAAGCAACUAAAUCUUGUCCACUUAAUACAGCCAAGGCAAUUUCUUGCUUCAUUGUGUUAUGUGAGUUCUACCCAGAUUAUCAACUCAAUCUUAAGUGAUUGUCUGUAAAGUUUCAUCAACUGAAUGAUUAAAUAACUCAGCCUUUAAACAAUUUUUUUCGAACAUUGUGGAAACAGUUAUUAUGGUUGAUUCAAGGUUCAUAAUAGCCUAUGACUAAUUAGUGGCAUUUAAAAAUGAGUGCAAGUAGGCUAAUUGCCCUAUCUAUGAUUUCCAUGGUCUUAGUGCGCUGUGUCUUACUUUAUUGAACGACCCAUAAGUAUGACAAUAUGGAUGCAUCUUAAAACUAUGCAAUGGCAUAAAUGUUUAUCGUAGGUGUCUAUCGACCGCCCGUAUAAAAAUCGGUUCUAAAGGACAAAUGUACCUAUCUGAAAUUGGACCAUACUAGUCACUUGGGUACAUUCCGAAAGUAAUAAAGGAAGAUAACUCAGUUCCAGUGGACACGGAGAGUCCACCUAGGAGAAAUGGAAAACCUUGAUUCCAAAUCAGUGGUGCACAUGGACUGGCUCCAGGAUCCUGAAAGAACAAAAGGCGUAUAAACCUGUUGUUGCUCACCGGCUACCAUGGGACUGCAUCUCCUGACGUUGCUCCACUACCUUGUGGAUCAGACCUCUAGGUCGAAGGCUCCGGGUGUGGCCCCUUAAGAAGACCAUGUGCCUCGACCCGGGCACCUUGGCAGUAUCCCAACCCUCGCACAAAUCGAGUGAUUUAUGUGGCGCAUAUCUAUUUGAUGCCUCUUUGUACCAAUGUUUAUGUGUUUAAAUAAAAAAAUUAAAACCUUAUCGGUACAUAUUUCUCAAUCAUUAUUAAACUUAAAGUAUUCAUGCUACGACAAUAUCUAGUUUGUCUAGUCACUUCUCACUCAGCGCUCGAAGUAUGAGUCAGCAUAAGCCCUAUGAAUAGAUGAGGCAAACAAAUAUACAGAACGCCAGUUUCGUCCCACUUACUACUUGUCAGCUGGCUGAAUAUCUAUCCCUGGGAGUGCUCACAUUAUUUAUAUUAGCACUAAGACUUGUUGUUCUAAAUGUUAGAAAGUUAUCUACCUAUUUAGGUUAAGUAUUCCAUAUGGAUCAGCCAUAAAAUUAAUUCUGGACUUGUGUUGUUAUAUAGUUGAUUUUUGGAGGUACGAAUCUAUAAGGGAUUCCGAUUUCCAUAGAAUACCCUGGUCAAUAGACUUUGAUGAGUAGUAGGACCUGCUGCCACUCGGAUAGUUAGCUCAAUAAUACUUCCUUUUCUAAUUUUCAGUAGUUUCGUUCUGUAGACUGAUAGUCAACAUAAACCAAAUGAUUCAUCUAAAGAUUGGCAUGGCCUCGUUCCAAGUUGCAAUAAUGUCUAAUAAUACCUGAUCUGUUACCCUUCCAAUGAAAUAUCCCGAAUUUUUAAUGUAGAAUACUGGGCGAUUAACACCAAUGCGUAAGUGUGAGUCAGUUUUUAGAGUUAUUCACUACAGUCGUGACAAAACCCAAAUCCCGUUCUCAUAAACCUUACUAAUUCUAUUCUGCAAUACAAAUGUCGAAGCUUGUGUUACAAACGGUACUAAUGUUGAAUAGUUUGACGACUAACGAUUUUGAUUGACUAUGUAUUGAACAAACGUUUGUUAGCUAUUACGUUCUUCUAUAACCAUUUAUAUACGGCCUCGUAUCAUCUGUUAAUCAUACAUAAAAUAAUUUGCGGGAAAUAGAACGAGCCUAAUGGAUAAGAUUGUAUCAAAGAAACGUUAUUAUUCACCUUUAGUUAUUGAGAUAAAAAAGUUAGUUUAUCCUUAAAAUGCAGUAAAUUAAAGUGCACAUGUCCAUAUAAAGCUUAUCUAAUUAGGAAACUGAAAGAUACCGCAUUAGUUGAGGACUUAUUCGACAAAUACUGGUCAAAUUAGAUCACGUAUUUUUCGGAUAACUUACGUAAGAAAUGAGUAAUAAAUUCAUUUGCCGAAAGGUGUUCGUCUAACUGUUUAACAAGACUACAAUCACAUCGGUCUAAGUUUCUUAAUAACAUAUGAAUAAAUUCAUGAGCAUUUUUAGCAAAUUUAGAUGUCUAGUUAGUGCGAAAAAAUCCCCCAGAAUAACUGCUCUAUUGACGAAUUUCUAACUGAAACAACCUAGAGCUAAAAGCCUUUAUUUAAUCGCAAAACAGCAUUUUCAACAUGCAUGUAAUAUUGAUACGGAAUUAUAAAAGAAAAACAUCAAAACCAUACAAACCUAUUUAUUUAAUUUACGAU